AACUUCAUACAUUCCUGUUUACCUCGACAACCCUCAAAAUCCAGUAGGCUAGAUAUUAAAAAUUAAAUGUUUGAGCAAUUUAGUUCAGAAUAUAUCAAAUUGUAUAGUAUAUAAGACUAUGUACACCAAUGCAUAAACGAUAAAACAUAGGUGCUUUAUUUCCCUGGUGUGUAACAUAGUUGAUUUGUUAUGUAGACAAAAAGAGAUGAUUAUCUAAAUAUACAAUGGAAGAUUUAGUGUUGGUUAAUGAUGUUGAUGAGGAAGGUGAAAAGAACAUCUUGAGCACCCCAACAAGGCAGCGUACAAAAAAGAAAAGUACCCUAGCAAAGCUUAAAGAAAAAAAGCAGAGAGAGUUUGGCUCCAACACAUCUUUGCAAGCCCAGAAAUCUAACACUGUUUCAGAUAUUUCUGGUCUUGAUAAAACUGCAAAUGGUUUACCAGCAAAAUCUGAUUAUUUACAAUUUUCAACCAAAGAACCAAAAGAAACCGUUGAAGAAUCCAAAAAUGAAAACAAACCUAGGCCCAAGCCAAGAAGCAGAAAACAAUCUGACCUUGACCUUACAGAAAAAAUGGAGGUUGAUAAGGAAGAGAAAAACAAGUCAGAUGAACAGGUGACUCAUCAGAAAAAUCUCAUGUCUAUUGGUAAAUCUGACUCAGGUGAAACUUCUACCACCCAAGGAAUGUUUGUCCCCAAGCCACCCCUAACACCCAGGACACCAAAAUCAACGCCUCGAACACCAAGAGGUUAUGUACUGCCAGGGAAAGGAGAGAAGAGGAACAGAGAGCCUUGGUCAUCAGGAGAUGAGCCUGAAGUGGAAGAGAAGAAAGAAAAAAGCCAAAGCAACGAAAACAUCAAAGGUUCAUCUGGCAACCUCCAGAAUCUCCAGGCUGUUACAGAUUCAUCACAGAAGUUUACAAGACAAAUUCCAGGACAAGUCAAACCUGGUGAGCGACUGUUGAAAAGGAGGAACUCCAAAGACAAUAGAAGUGAAGACAGUAAUGACUUAAAACAAAAGAGUCUUGGCUCUGAGAAUGGGAAACCCCCAAUUAAUCGUAGUUUAACUAGUUUAAAUGGCACAAAUAUAAAUAAUAGUUCAACUAACUCGUAUAAUGAGGGUAUUCCACCACAAUUAACACAUAUAUCCCCUAGAGAGAAAUUCCUCAAGUCAUCCAAAAACACAAAGAGAAACAGUUUUUUAAAGCAGAGAAGUAUUUCGCAUGAUAAAGGAGACUUGGAUAGUGCAGAUCACCACAGUUAUCUUGACAAUAUGACCCUAGAAAAAGAUCCUUCUAACAAGUCGUUAGAUUCCUUACAUGCGCAGUACGAACGUUUAUUGCUGACAGAUAUUGACAGUGAAAACAAACAAGAUGAAUUAGUACUAACAUCAGAAACACCCUUGAUGAAAAAAUCAGUUUCUUCGCCAUCUAAAAGUCGCCUUCAACCAGUCAGUCCAAAGACACACCCUCCUCCACUAUCUGAGGAAUUUUCUUCCAAAAGUCUUAGAACAUCAUAUAAAAUAGACUUUAAUGUACCAAAAACUACAGAAACGACACAGAAUGGAGCAGUAAAAUCUGAAUCAGGACCUCACAGUGGGGGAGACAGGCUAUCCCAGAAGUCAUUUGCAUCUGGGAGUAUCCUGCCAGUCAUAACAACCAAAGAAGCAAGGGCAAGGUUCUAUCCAGUUGGGACAGGUUCAUCGACCCUGUUGGUGUGUGAUGAGUUUGAUCGCUAUUUCCCUGACAGAAAAGUCAGUGUUUUUGUUGGAACUUGGAACAUGAAUGAGCUAAAAGAUGUUGAAACAAUAGAAGACUUUAUUCUACCCAAAAAAUGUGAUUAUGUGCAAGAUAUUUAUGCCAUAGGAACUCAGGAAAAUGCUAUGAACAAGAAAGAGUGGGAAAUCAAAUUACAAGAAACGUUGGGCCCAUCACACGUUAUGUACCAUUCUGUUUCACAUGGUUCAUUACAUUUAGUUGUAUUUAUUCGAAGGGACCUUAUCUGGUUUUGCUCAGAACCAGAAGAUGAUAUAAUAUCUCUCAGAGCUUUGACAAUGGUGAAAACAAAAGGGGCCAUUGGGAUGUGCAUGACAUUGUUUGGUACAUCCUAUCUGUUCAUCAACUGCCACCUUACUUCCGAUCGAGAUAAUGACACCUCACGGAAGAUAAACAGAAUAGCAGAUUACUUUAAAGUCAUCCAGGAGAUGAAGUUACCCAAGUCUAAGACUAGCGUAGGUUCUCCGAAAGUAAAGAAACCAGGAGAUGUCAGUGCCUUCUUUGAUUGUGUUUUCUGGUUUGGUGACUUGAACUUCCGCCUUGAGCGAGAACGACAGGCUGUGGUAAGAAAAGUCGACCAGAUAACAUCAGAGGAAAUUCCAAACUUUGAGGCUCUGCUUGGGGGUGACCAGCUUCUAAAGUUUAUGACUGAAGAAAAAAUAUUUGGAGGAUUUCAAGAAGGUCGAAUUAAUUUUCACCCAACUUUUAAAUUUGAUCUCAAUAAAGAUUCCUAUGACAGCUCGGCUAAAAGCAGAGUGCCAUCCUACACAGACCGCAUCAUGUUUCGAUCCAAGAAGAAAAAUGAAAUCAACUGCCUGCAGUAUGAUGCUGUUAUGGAGAUAAAAAUAUCCGACCACCGUCCAGUGUUUGGUCGGUAUGAAACUGGAAUUCAACCAGGCAAAGACAAUCUGGUGUAUUCUGCUGGCCAUUUUGACAGGGCAGUAUAUUUGGAAGCCAAUAAGCGACGAGCUACAGCUAAGCCAGGCCAGAAAAAACAAAGUGUCAUUUGCACCCUGCAAUAAUCACACUCUCAGAGAUGUAAGAAAGACAACUCUGAAUCACUACUGCUGUCUCCCACCUUGAAAGUUAAAAAGUUGUUUUAAACUUUAUUUUACACUACUUCUGCUGGUUACAGAAAAAUGUAUCAAAAUAUUCUUGCUACUAAUAAUAGAAUUUUUUUGUAAAUGUAUAUUUUUAUAAUUUAUUCUUUUUGUAUCAAAAUCUGCUUGUUAUUAUUCCGAUUUCUGUCUAUUGAUUCAAUGUCACAUUGUUAAGAGUUCUAAGUUAGCACUCAAGUAACUAUUAAAAUCAAAUUUUACACAGAGAGUGUAUAGCUAGUCACAAGAUAUUGAUAAUGUAUUUCAUCUGCCAAUGAAAAUUGAAUGAAGAACAUGCUAAAAAUGAUUAUUAAUUAAUUUUUUGUUGUGAAAUUUU